CCAGUCACAAAGUGUGAGACGUGCAGCGAAUGUGUGGCUGAAGAUGACGGACGUGUAAAAUAUGAGAGCAGCUGUGAUGUCAUCAAUCGUCAUCUCGUCAUUGAUCACAUCAAAGAGAAACAUCUGGAUGUUCUGAAAUGACCUCAUUCAGCGGCUGGUAAUUGAUUCGUCCCUGACAGACACACAAACAGCAGACGAUUGAUAAAAUAACCCACUGCUGUGAUGUCACAUGACCCCGCGUCCAAUCAGCUCGCACAGAUCAGCCUCAAAUACAGUUUCCGCUCAGCAGCAGCACUCACAGCGUUUCUUCAUCAUCUCAUGUGAUUCAGUGACGGAGAAAUGUCCGAUCUACAAAGUUAUGAGAUCAGCGCCAUGCUCAGAGUCUCUCGUCUGCCGCUGGUUCGCUCGGCGCUGCAGUCGGUGACUUCAGUGUACUCGGAGGUUAUAGGUCGUUAUCCCCUGCUGGGGCUGAUGGGAGGAGUGGCCGAGGUCGGAGUUCGCAGCGUCUCCCUCGUGGCGAUGAAGCAAGCCACACCCAUCCUGCAGAGCCUAGAGCCACAGAUUGAAGUAGCAAACAAUUUGGCUCAGUUCGGUCUCGACAGUCUGGAAAAGAACUUCCCGAUUCUGAAUCAGUCGACAGAUGAGGUCGUGGGUCACCUGAAGGACGCCCUCUUCCUGACCCUGGACGACGUGCAGCUCUGGGUGGUGGACGGUCUGGACGGCGCUCUGGAUCAGCUGGAGCGUCUGGCCGACGCGGGGCGGGUUGCGGUGCGGCAGCUGCAGGACUCUCAGGUGGGUCGAGCGGCCUCGUCCGGACUGGACGACGUGCUGAGUCGUCUGGAGGAUGCCACCGCCUACUACCUGCCCCUCCCCCCCACGCUGCGUCGGGAGUGGGAGAUGCGGGUGCAGGAGUACGAGGACGAGGACGAGGACGACGAGCCCAGUCUGUGGACGAGGACGAGGAGUCUCCUGCUCAGCCUCAGUCUGCAGUUCUACCACCGAAUGAUGAAGGUCAGGGAGCAGCUGCUGACAGCCGCCGGGACGCUGGGAGACGCCGCUGACAAGGUGGACAACUGUCCAUGUCCCUCCUGUCUAAGUAUAAACCCCCUCAGACCCACUGUCCACUUGUCCCCUGGCCGUCUCUUCACUCUACAGUCUACAGAUUACACGCCACAAGUGGGUCUGAGCCGCGUCCUUGAGCUGGUCGGUGAGCUGCUGCAUCAGCUGCAGAACCUCCUCGUGGCGCUGGUGUACCGAGCAGAGCAUCUCAGAGAGCUGUCCAUGAACCAGAUCAAGAGUCAGGCAGCCAUGUUGGUGGAGCUGAGUCCGGUGCGUCAGGUCCGAGAGCUGCCGCUGCAGAUCCAGCAGCUGCUCAGAGACCUGCAGGAACUGUCCAAGCUCCUCCUGCAGCUGGUGGUCAACGCCACGCCGCUCUACAACAUGCUGCAGCAGCCGACAGAUCAGGAAGUCGAGGACUUUCUCAGCCAGGAGGACUUUUCCUUUGACAGCUCGUCUCGUCGCAGCUCAGCUAACAGCCUCUUCCUGAAGGCGAUGGACGGCCGUCCUCGUCGCCGCCGGAGUCUCUACUCCCGCGCCAGAGGCUCUGGGGCCCCCCAGAGCCCCGACCCUCCCAACGGUCGGGGCUCCAGCCUAAAGGAUCCUGCGGCCCUGGAGAUGGACGACCCGUACGUCCCCUCCGACGGCAGCGUCGUCCGCCGGCCAUCGGCCACCGAGCUGCUCCUCACGCCGCUCAAACAGUUUGUCUCUCAGAGCCAGAAGGCCUUCGAGUAUCUGAGUCCCAACUCCCCCAACGACACCGCCAUAGCCACAGCCGACUGAGGUGUGACCCCGCCCCCCCCCCACCAGCUGUCACUGCUGCCAACCCACGACCAAUCACAGCCUCCCGUCCCCGGUGAUCAGAGCUGGUUUGUGCGUUCACGUUCUCCGACAGAGCUAUUGGCAAAUUAGUUUAAAUCGCUUAUAAAAAAAAACAGUGAGUCGCUGAGUGAAAUUUGUCCAAAAUAUGAAUUCACACUUUUGAUUUCUGCUUCGUAUUUAUUUGAUUGGACCUCACCUCUUUAAAUCAGUGAUUGCAUGAUCAUUUUAAAACACGCGAUCUCCGUGCGACAGUAGAUGACUCGUUCAGUUCAGCCACGGCUUGGAAGAAGUCCAGGACAUGUGACUAAAAGUUCUUCAAACUGAAUAAAUGGGUUUUCUGA